GCCAAGCGGCGGUCCGGCAUUAUCCUGAACCUUCUAUUCGUUCGGAAGCUUUCGGUUAAUAAAGCCAUGCGAUCUGAUACCGCCUGUCUAAACCUGGAGCCCAACGCGAUCAAGCAGAUAAGCCACACGUGAUGCAUGCGGUGCUGCACGUCGACGUGGCCGGGCGUGCCCUGGCCGUGGUGGAGCCCGACGGCGCGCACGACCCGGCCACGGGGCGGGCGCUCACCGGCUCCUGGCUCUGGGACUCCGCCGUCGUCCUCGCCACCCACCUCGCCUCGGCCAGACCCGGGACGAUCCACGGCGCCACCGUUCUCGAGCUCGGCGCCGGCACCGGCCUCCCGGGCAUCGCGGCCGUCGCGUGCCUCGGCGCCGCGCGCUGCGUGCUCACAGACGUGGGGCCGCUCCUGCCGGGCCUCAGGGCCAACGCCGAGGUCAACGGUCUCACGCCCGCGCAGGCCGACGUGCGGGAGCUGCGCUGGGGCGAGGACGCCGACCUGCCCGAUUGCGAGCUCCUGCCCGUGGACGUGGUGCUCAUGUCCGACGUGUUCUAUGAUCCGGAGGAGAUGCCGGCGAUGGCGGCCACGUUGCGCCGGCUGUGGCGGGACGGCACGGUGGGGUGGGCGGCCAGCGAGGUGCGGUGUGGCGUGCAGGAUUGCGUGGACGUGCUGCGGGAGCACGGCUUCGAUGUGGCCGAGGUCGACAGGGUCACCAGGCCGCUGCUGCGCGACCCCACCCAGGCCUCCGACUUCGCCGUCUAUCGCGUCGAACUCUGGCGGCCUCACUAGUUUUUUUUUUGGAUGGCCUCAUUAGGGUUACACUAGGCGGCGAUUCCUCUUUUUUCUUAUGUGGGCCAUUUUCACUUAACACUGUACUUCCGAAUUGCAAAUCCAGCUCAGUUGCAUUGCAAGUAAGAUAGAGUGAGUAUUUUUCUAGAUAGA